AUGCUGAGGCGCUCAAGUGGCUACCUUGUGGCGCUGGCGGCGAGGGCCAAGCCACCGUCGAGCGUGGUCGCGAACGAAGCGGGGGAUGCGACGGGGCCGGAGCAGCUCUCGAGGUACGUCCCCACGUCGUCGGAGGCGCCUGAGCUUCUGCAGCCGUACGUGGAACCGACACCGUUUGUUAGCGCACGGCGUCUUCAAGUUUUUCUGGCCUCGAUGGGCAUUGGCGCCACCACCGUCUGGGUUGUCUACUAUCUCCUCAGCAAAUCCAUGAGCAACAGUCAUGAGGAAGAGGAGCGGUACGUGCAGCGCGUGGUGGAAUCCAACCGCCUGGCAAUGGCCGACCCGGAGAGUCUUAUUCCCGACUUUACGGCCCCAAGUUCGUUCAAUGAGCUGAAGGAAAAGAUACAGCAGCAUCAGCGCGAGCUGGAGCGUCAGCAGGCGCAGAUAAACCGGGACACCAUUAUGCUUCAUAAGGAGGUCGUGUUCCGGAUGAAGGUUUGGUGGAAUGCUUCUCUUACGAAUAUACAAGAGGCCUUCGAUCGCCUUGGUGACGCGAUUCAAAGUCGCAAAGAACGCGUCGCGGAGAGCCACAUCAAAAGCCUAUUAGAAGAGGCGGGGUAUGAUUUAGUGAAGCUGCGCAGCGGAAACACACAUAUCUGGUAG